AUGAAAAGAGUAGUUUUUCAAAAAUUUUACGAUGGAGCGUUGAUUAAAAUAUGCGCAUUUGAAAAGUUUUACUACUGCUCAGGAACAGAAAAGUUUGAAAAAUUGUUGAAACUCAAGUUUUUGGAUCUAGAUUUAACCAUAGUGGAAAAAGAUAUCAAACGGAGCUUUCCAGAGAAGAAAAAAAAAUCUCUUCAGCAUUUGCUAAAUCAGAAAUUUGAUCUGAAUUAUAAGGAGUCAGAGGAUCUGAAAUGGUAUCGGACAUUACUUCAUGGAAAUACAUUACCCGAUGAAGAGGGGGGUCCCAUUGUUGAACCGGAAGUAAUGCUCCAAUUCCCCCCGCCGACCAACGAAACCUCUUUGGAGACUCUCUACAGGGUGAAUUGUACGAACGUCUCGACAUGUUUCGCGGCAAAUUCUUUCGAAAAUUCGACCAACAACGAGACCAUUGUCGACGUCAACGAUGCCGAGCAGCUAACCGAUUUGAUCCUCAUGGGAGUUCUGUCGGUCGUUCUGGGCCUUAUGAUUCUUGUUACCGUUAUAGGAAAUGUAUUCGUUAUUGCUGCAAUACUACUGGAAAGGAAUUUACAGAACGUCGCAAAUUAUCUGAUAGUUUCCUUAGCCGUAGCCGAUUUGAUGGUGGCGUGUUUGGUAAUGCCUCUGGGAGCCGUUUAUGUGGUAAAUAUUAAUCGUAAUUUAAUUGAUUUUUUUAGGCAUCGAGUAAAAAAUCCGAAAAUAUUGUCUCAAAAUGAAAUAGAGGCUCUGGACCAGGUUAUAUGCGAUACGGACUCAGAAGAGGAAGUAGGAGGGGUAAGAGACAUAUCUGAUGAAAGUGAAGGUAUAGAGACGCUGAUGGCAUUCUUUAUUAGCACUGUCCUGCUCCUUAUUAUGCAGGGCGACAAAUCACAUAAUGCUAAAGCCGGAUUAGAUAAAUUUGCAAUUGCGGUAACAAUUGCACUAUUGUAUGGUGGAAGGACACCUAUAAAUCUGCCAAACAGAGGGAAUUAUUGUGUAAAUUUCGUGCGGAGAAACAUUCUUCGUUUUGUUGUCUGA